CUAAGUAUAUAUAAUUAAUUAUUAAUUUAUAAUUUCUUAAUAUUAGUUAUACGAUUUAAAAAAAUAUGGGUUUACCUAUGGAUAUAAAAGCUGUUACGAAGUCUUCCGAUGAAAAUGGUAAUGUUGAAGAUGUUGAGUCUACUGUCAAGAAAAGGAAUACAAACGGAAGACUAGCAACUGCUACUCAUCUCUUCAAGGGCAGUGUAGGAGCUGGCCUAUUCGCGAUGGGUGAUUGCUAUAAAAAUGGUGGGUUGAUUGGAGCAACUGUACUGCUACCGAUUUUGGCUGUGAUAUGUGUUCAUUGUGAAAGAAUGCUAAUUGACUGCUCAGUGUCUGCGGUGGCGAAAACUGCAGGUGCUACAUUCUAUGAUUAUCCUGAGACUGUUGAAAAGUCCUUCGAAUAUGGUCCACUGCCUUUAAGACGUUUCUCGAAGUUUAUGAAGUUUAUUGUGGAAAUGUUCUUAUGUGUAACGCAAUUUGGUUUCUGUUCAAUUUAUUUUGUGUUUAUAACAGAAAAUGUACAUCAAGUACUUGAACAAAAUGGCAUUCACAUCAGUCAGGAACUUGUGAUGUUAAUAACAUUAUUACCAGCUAUGAUACCGUCUUUAUUAACUAAUUUAAAAUAUAUAGCUCCAGUUUCUAUGUUAGCAAAUUUCGCGCUUCUAUUUGGUUUAGUAGCUACACUAACAAUUGCAUUCCAACAAGGACCUAUGCCACCAAUAAGUGAACGUAAUUACUUUACGAAUGGCACACAGAUGUCUUUAUUCUUUGGCACAGCGCUAUUCUCCUAUGAAGGCAUUGCGCUUAUCUUACCGCUUAGAAAUUCUAUGAGAGAACCCAAAAAUUUCAGCAGUAAAUUUGGUGUUCUAAAUCUGACUAUGAUUGUAGUUACAGCUCUAUUUCUUUUCACCGGUUUCGUCAGCUAUUUACGUUGGGGUGAAGAAGUACAAGGCAGUAUAACUUUAAAUUUGGAAGUGGAAGAAGUCAUGUCACAAGUUGUUAAAAUUAUAGCCGCUUUAGGUGUGUUUUUUGGCUAUCCAAUACAGUUCUUUAUUAUGAUCAGAAUUAUUUGGCCACCAAUGAAGGAAUCAUCGAGCUGUACUCAGAAGUUUCCAAUAACAAUACAGGUUAUCCUACGAUUCAUAAUGGUCAUAUUAACAUUUAUCGUGGCCUUAGCGGUACCUAAACUAAGUCUCUUCAUAUCGCUAAUUGGUGCAAUGUGUUCUACUUCGCUGGCUUUUGUCAUACCAGUAUUGAUUGAUUUUGUAGUGCGUGCUCAAGUUCCUAAAGCGCUUAACUUUUGGAUAUAUCUGAAGAAUAUAGUUAUCAUGUUGAUAGCAGUACUGGGUAUUGUUACAGGAACUUAUCAAAGUAUUGUAGAAAUUAUUAAAGCAUUCGGCCUGUAAAUUAGUAUUGUUGUACUUAUUACUUGUGAAUAGUUUGUAAUAUUGUAGUUGUAAUAAUGUUAUGUUAAGUAAAUGAUUU